UAUUAAUGGAUAAAGAUAUUUUAUGAAAAAAAAGGGAAAGAAAAAAAAAGAAGAAUCAUCUAUAAAAAAAUUAAAUAAAUAAAUAAAGAAGAAAAGCAAUGUAUCUCAAACUUCUCAGCCGUAUAUCUAGGACACUCACUCCGUGCGCCAUAGUUCUACCAAUCAGGAGCCUCUCGUUCUUUCUCUCUUGCAUUUUUUGCAAGAAUCCAAGACCCCAACCCCAGCCCCAGCCCAGCCCUAACCGGGUAAGAGUUGGAUAAAAAUAGUAGUUCCACAUUGCUCCACUCAUGGAUCUCCAAAAUCAAUCUCAUUGCUCCAUCUGCAUGACAAAAGAUAGUUGCCCAACAGUACGCUCCCAGACAAAGCUAAUGAAUAUUCUAAUAGACAGAAGAAAUCCCCAGGCAGUUCAGUCUAUUUUUGACAGUUUGAUUGAAGGAGGCCACAAACCAUCCUUGAUAACAUACACAAUUCUCUUGGCUGCCUUGACCAUCCAGAAGAACUUCAGUUCCAUACAUUCUAUCAUCUCUCAGGUGGAAGAAAAUGGACUGAAGCCUGAUUUAAUUUUUUUCAAAGCUGUUAUAAAAGCUUUCUCUAAAUGUGGAAAUAUAGAAGAAGCGAUGGAAACUUUCUGGAAGAUGAGGGAGAGUGGUUUGAAACCCACUACUAGCAUUUAUAUCUCGCUAAUCAGAGGGUAUGCGACUGCUGGUAAGCCUGAAGAAUCUCUUAGACUGAUAGAUCUGAUGUCCCUGGAGAGGAAUGUCAAACCUGAUCUCAGGACCUAUAAUUUUCUUGUCAGAGCUUGGUGCAAAAAAAAGAACAAGGCAGAGGCUUGGAAUGUGGUCAAUAAGAUGAUUGCCUCUGGCAUGCAACCAGAAGCGUUUACCUACAAUGCCAUAGCAACUGCUUAUUCACAGAAUGAAGAGACUGAUCAGGCUGAAGGCAUGAUUUUAGAGAUGCAGAAAAAUGGUGUGCAGCCUAAUGAGUUUACUUGUAGCAUCGUUGUCAGCGGGUAUCAUAAAGAAGGUAGGACCAAGGAGGCCUUGAGGUUUGUGUAUAGGAUGAAGGAUCUUGGGAUUUGUCCUAAUCUUGUGAUGUUUAACUCACUGAUCAAAGGUUUUGUUGACACCAUGGACAGAGAUGGGGUUAAUGAGGUACUUUCUUUGAUGGAAGAAUUUAGGGUCAAACCUGAUGUUAUAACCUUUAGCACCAUUAUGAAUGCAUGGAGUUCAGCAGGAUUUAUGGGUAAAUGCAGGGAAAUCUUUGAUGACAUGGUGAAAGCAGGUAUACAGCCUGACAUUUAUACCUACAGCAUUCUUGCAAAAGGUUAUGUGCGAGCUCAAGAACCAGAGAAAGCUGAAGAACUUUUAACAAUCGUGAUUAAAUCAGGAUCCCACCCAAAUGAUGUAAUCUUUACAACAGUAAUCAAUGGUUGGUGUAGAGCUGGCAGAAUGGAUUAUGCAAUCAAGAUUUUUGAUCAAAUGUGUGAAUAUGGAGUAUCUCCCAACUUGAAGACCUUUGAGGCCUUAAUUCGGGGAUAUAGUGAAGCCAAACAGCCAUGGAAAGCAGAAGAACUUCUCCAAGUAAUGGAAGAAUACGAGGUUCACCCUGAGAAAUCCACCAUCUUCCUCGUAGCUGAAGCUUGGCAUGCCACUGGAUUGACAAAAGAGGCAUAUAGAAUUCUGGGGACUGUUCAUAGUAAGGAACAGGAAACGGAGACAACAAAAGACAUACCAAUUGGAAGUUUAAAGAAACCAUAUAACAAGCAAACUACAACUGCCUUUAAUUCCAAUCUUUUACAGAUACCAAGUGUAGUAACAGGUGAUGAAAAGUGGUCAGCUCUUUCUCUUAAAAAAGGUCGCAUGGUGCAGAGAGAUGCCCAUUUGGAUUGCUCACGGUUUACUACUAAAUCAAUGCGCCUUCCACUUGGUUGUAAAUUUGGAGCAAGGGGUCCAAUUGUUUGCCGGAAGCAAUGUCAAGGGCAGCUCGGAAUUUAUGGCCAGCUUACACAUUCGUGUAAAGUAGUUUUUCUUAACUAGGAGAAAAACAAAGGUUAUGAGCUUUUGGUGUAAUUUAAUUUCUAAAGAAACAGAAAUUGUCAUGAAAAUACUAUAGAUAGUAAAUAGAGCUCUGCCACAUAGAACUCCUUUAUUAUUAUUAUUUUUUGGCUUGCUGAGAAAUGCAAGUAUGGUUCUUUGCAUCUGUUUACGAUCUCAUUU